UAAAAAUGUAGAUUCAGUAGAUGUUAAUUUUUUACAUUUAGGGUGUCAGUAUUCAUAGGAAAUUCCACAUUAGCACACUUCAUUUUACGUUCUAUUUUAUACUUUUUCAUUCUGACACUCUCCUUUAUAAAGUUUAGAGUGUAGUCACUAUUUAACACUACAAGAUGACAAUAGCUGAUCUUUAUAAAGGAAAUAAUGUUUUCAUCACCGGAGGGACGGGGUUCAUGGGACAGGCCUUAAUUGAGAAGCUUUUAAGAUCAUGUCCAGAUAUAGGAACUAUAUAUUUGUUGCUAAGACCUAAAAAGGACGACACAGUCCGCCAAAGGCUUGAAAAACUUAAACAAUUGCCAGCCUUCGACGUACUAAGACAGGAAAAUCCUGAAGUUUUGGAUAAACUUAAACCCAUCAGUGGAGAUUGUGGCAGUGUAAAUUUAGGACUGAGCGAAUCAGAUCGACAAUUGUUGAUAGACAACGUCAAUAUUAUAUUCCACUCAGCAGCAUCAGUACGUUUUGAUGACUUCUUAAAAUAUGCAAUUCUUUUAAACGUUCGAGGAACGAGAGAAGUCGCACAGUUAGCGCUUGAAUUAAAAAAUAUUUCAAUGUUGGUGCAUGUAUCAACAACGUACUGUAACUGCGACCGAUCUCUGAUUGAAGAAAAACUGUACCCUUCACAUGGUACCUGGGAAGAAGCUAUUAGAUUGGCAGAAGAAUGCGACGAGCAAAUUUUAAACGUUCUAUCACAAAAAUACAUAAGCCCAAUGCCCAACACAUACACGUACGCCAAACAGUUGGGUGAACAAGUAAUUAACGAUAUGUGUAAUGGAAAAAUUCCUACUCUAAUAGUACGUCCUUCUAUUGUUACUAGUGCCAAAGAUGAACCUUUUCCUGGCUGGAAUACCAACUUUAACGGACCUGUUGGAAUGAACGUAGCGGGAGGCAAAGGUUUACUUCGAACUGUAUAUGGAUACAAGGAUGCUGUUAUCGAUAUGGUGCCUGUUGAUUAUAAUAUAAAAGCUAUCAUUAUAGCAACUGAUGAUUAUAAUCAAAGAAACUCUCUAGAAUUACAGGUAUACAGUUUGGCACAGAAUGAUGUCUUAGGCAUGAAACAAGGCGAAAUACUGGACUUAGGAAAAAGACUUUUAGAUGAUUAUCCAUUUUUAAACAUAUUAUGGUACCCUUCAUUCACUAUGACAGAUUGCUGGUAUCAAUAUUAUUUCAGUGUAUUACUGUUCCACAUUUUACCGGCAGUGUUCUUUGAUGUACUCUUGAGGAUAGGUAAACAAAAACCAAUGAUCGUUAAACUGCAGCGCAAGAUUUAUAUAGCUAAUAUGGUAGUAGCGCCAUUUAUGAAAAACUCAUACCAAAUUCCCAAUAACAAAAUACUACAGGCCAUAAAAAAUGUAAAAGACGAAGAUUCGGCAUUCACACUUGAUGUUAUUUAUCUUAAUCAUGAACAACAAUAUGAAUACUUUGUAAACUGUAGAAUAGGAUUAACGAGGUGUUUGUUGAAAGACGAGAAGGAUAUUGAUUUUGAAAAGGCCAAAAGAGUAAAUUACUAUUACUGGAUUGCACAUGUGACCUUAAAGACUGUGUUCUAUGGCUUAUUGGUAUGGAUUAUGUUUUUCAAACUGGAUAUUCUUACUGUAUUGUCCAACAGAUUUCUUAAAUAUUUUGAAAGCUUAUAAUUAAAUACAGAAAAUAUCAAAAAUUUUUAACUGUUUAUUUAAAUAAAGAUUUUGGGUAAAA